AUGGUCGCCCAUCCAAGAGCGCAGGCAAGUUGGAGAUCCAUUUACGCAACUCAUAUCCUGCGGAGGCUAGUAUUCCAAUCAACUCGUCACGCAAAAGGAGAGUCUCUCUCUCCGUGGACGCGCCAGUGCAUAUGUCAUCAACAUAUAGGUCCUCCUUCAAAAUGGCGGGUGCGCGAGGAAACGACAUACGAUCUCGAUCCGCGAGCUCCCAAGCAAGCGUAUGGCCAAAUAGGGCUAGACCGUAGCCCGUAUGUGUUCGUGUUGAGCUCG